AUGUGUGUUCGCUUAGAGGAAGUGCGCACGGUCCUAUUCAACUCUCCGAUGAUGAGUGGCUCACCACCAAUCCCUCGAGUAGAAGCGGCAUCGGAUCUCUGGAAAAUUCACAGGAGCUUCAAUGACAGCAGUACUAUCUCUGAUGGCUGGAGCAUCGGUGGCAGCGGUCCUUGGCUUCUGGCUGUCAUGCUUUCGCUCAUAAUUCUGGUGACAGCUUGCGGGAACAUUUUGCUGAUUGCACUGGUGUUUGCGCAUCGGUCCCUGCGCUGUACCUCCAACUGCUUCCUGGUGUCCCUCUUCCUGUCAGACUUGAUGGUGGCACUGGUGGUGAUGCCUCCCGCUAUGCUUAAUGUGCUGUGCGGUACCUGGGUGCUGGCACCCGGAUUCUGCCCUGUCUGGCUUUGCUUUGAUGUGAUGUGCUGUAGCGCUUCCAUCCUCAACUUGUGCGUGAUCAGUCUGGACCGCUACCUCCUCAUUAUUUCCCCGUUGCGAUACAAACAGCACAUGACCCCACCGCGUGCUUUGUUGUUGGUGGGCGGUGCUUGGGGAUUGGCAGCGCUCACUUCCUUCCUGCCCAUCAAGAUGGACUGGCAUAGCUUGGGUCGCAUGCAGGAACUUACGGAGGAAGAUCCUGGUAAUGCAACACGGUUGAAUUCCUUCUACCCAUCAUCAUACUUCCAGCUUUCCACGUCUGGGAUGCCAUCGAUGCAGUGCCGUCUGCGGGUGACUCUCCCAUUCGCCCUUGUGGCGACCUUUCUCACUUUCUUUUUGCCCUCUACCGCCAUCUGUUUCACCUACUGCCGGAUUCUGUUGGCGGCCAGAAGACAAGCACGACAGGUGGAGGCUCUUACUCAUCCUGCUUACCCACAACACUCUCUCGGGGAACCAUCCCGUCCUCCGUCUCCCGGUCAUGUCGUUCAGGAUGGAGAUGACUACAGUCAUCAGGAGCCACCCGGGCUGCGACAUGCUCCGCUGUCAGUGAACAGCGAGCGCAGGCUGGCGCACAGGCAAAGAAAGAGAGCUCUGAAAGCCAGUCUCACCCUAGGAGUGCUGCUGGGACUCUUCUUCAGUGCCUGGCUUCCCUUUUUUAUCACCAACAUGGCACAGGCGGUGUGUGAGUGCGUACCACCUUCCUUCUUCGAUGCCAUCACCUGGUUGGGUUACUGUAACAGCACCAUGAACCCAAUUAUUUACCCGAUGUUCAUGAGGGAUUUCAAGAGGGCUUUGGCAAGGCUUCUACCCUGCUGCUCUUCAUCUCAAGCACCACGUAGGCCUUCGCUGCCACUUUCUCUUUCUCUACGCAACUCAGGGGAGCCACAACUACCCAGCGAACCCCCCUCGCUCGUGUCUGAUCCGCCUCAACUACCUGCAACGGCAACAGAUGCAGUUAACCUUCUGGAUGCAGAACACGCUGGGAUCGACCUGCCGCUGUUGUUACCCAACCAGGUCGAUACUUUGGACGAUUGAUACGUGGAUUGAAAUCACAAAUACUGUGGACGGAAAGAUGUGUGACUUUUGUUAUUAUCAGGGUUCCUGAUCAGGUCAUAGAAUUUCUGGAAUAUGAUGUC